GCCGUGGGAGAUGUUUCUGGCUCCGCCCAUGGUGGGUUGGGUGCGUUGAGGUUGAAGAGGUGCAGUGGCGGUGGUGGGAGUGCGAUCGUGGAGGAAGCGUAAAAGGGUGAAGGGGGAUGCGACGGCUGAAGAAGAGGUGGAAGGAAAAAAAGAUUGUGUUCACGAUGACGACCUCGAGUCAACAACGUUUGACGGUGGCGAAGAAGUGGAAGAAGAAAAGACGAUUGCGACCCGUCGGCGGCCAAGACCAGCUCGGAUCAAAUGACGUCCCUGGCGAGCAGCACGUUUUCUCUUACCUCACAGCCGAGCCCUUUACUCCGUGUAAGUCGCGUGCUAUCAGCCUCUCGGUCUACUGUAUUCUCCUGGCAGACACACUCUCCCCUCCCAGCUACACAUACAGUAAUCACCAGUUUCGGGUCAUGUCGGAGGUCAUGCCGAUCACCUGCCUUUCCCCUUUUUUCUUGCUUGGUGGGGGGGGAGGGGUAUCAUAUUGGAGUUGUCUUUCUCUUAGGAGACGAGAAGACAGAAUGGAAUAAUGCUUCAAGUGCAUCGUAGUAGAACUUGUAAGGGUAGUUGAUUGGGGGGCCUGGGGCUUGGCUUCGUGUGUGGUUACCAUGGCUUUAUAGAAUAGUAUGAUAUAGAGUAUGGCUCCAAUAAGAUGAAUACAACUCAACUC